AUGGCAGCAUCCCACCAAACACCAGCCACGGCGCAUAAGGAGAUCGUUGUGUUGGGUGCAGGCGUGGUCGGUUUGACCACUGCAUUGAAGUUGCAGCAGCAAGGGGAUUACAAAGUGACCGUUGUUGCCGAAGUCAUUCCGAGCGAUCCGAAGUCGAUUAGAUAUACAAGUCGAUGGGCCGGUGCACACCAUGUCUAUAAUCCUAUCGAUGACACGGGAUUACACCAAUUUGAGGAGAAGACAUUCAAUGUUAUGUGGGAACUCUCCGCGCCCGGCAACGACGCAGAAGAAUGCUUCCUCCGCAUAACGCAGACGGAGCAUUUCUUCACCGCACGCGCUCAGCCCGACCCACUCGAGAAGUUGCCCAGCUACAGGCCGCUUAAACCAGAAGAACUCCUCCCAGGUGCGAUCUCUGGCGCGACAUUCCACACCAUCACCAUCGACACGCCCAUCUACCUAAACUACCUCCUCACGUGCUUCCUCGCGCACGGCGGACGCAUCCUGCGCGGGUCUCUCAUCCACCUCCACCAACUCCUCGAGGGCGGUACGGCUCUCUUCUCCGGAGGAACAGAACACGACCCCAAGCCCGACGCCGUCGUAAUCUGUGUUGGCCUGGGCGCACGGUUCCUCGGUGGCGUGGAGGACAAGAACAUGUACCCCGUCAGAGGCCAGACGGUCAUCGUCCGCGCGCCGUGGGUGCGUUUCGGGCGAACGGAGUCGAAGGACGCGAGCGGGGCGUUAACGUACAUCAUUCCGCGGCGGAGCAGCGACGUCAUCGUUGGUGGGACGCGAUUCCACGAUGACUGGUUCCCUCGCCCACGGCCCGAAACUACAGAAGACAUCCUCAAGCGCGGGCUUAAGCUCUGCCCGGAGCUGGCGCCUCCAGAGGUCCGCGCCGUCCGCGAGCCGACGGUCGAAGACGUGCUGCCUCUCAUCGUUGGCGAGGGGUGUGGACUGAGGCCGGCGAGGAAAGGCGGCAUUCGGCUAGAGGUCCAGUGGGUGGACGGCGCGACGGUGCAUAGAGGGGAGGGCAGAAUCCCUGUGGUACAUAAUUAUGGACACGGUGGAUUCGGGUUCCAGUCGUCGUGGGGAUGCGCAGACAAGGUGCUUGAGUUACUGGGAGACGCCUUCAAGACGCAAGAGACCGCAUGA